AUGCAGAACUUGGUGUCCAAAUUAACAAGUAUCCUAAUGGAACCAGUCCGUUUAGUCGAGGACCACUUCCACCAUUGCCAAAUUGUUCGUGGGUAUCCAGUAACUCGUCAUCCGUUCUACCCAAAAAUUCUUGAAAAUGCAGUCGACUGGAAGACUUACAAAGACUGUGGAGUUCCAAUUCUCGGAUUGACUCUAGCUGAGGAAGAUGCGGAACUUGUGAGCAUUCAAAACCUGAAUCAUAUCAGAAAAAAUAUUCUGACGAUGAUGGAAGAUGAUGCGGAGAGCCAAGAAGUCAUGAAAGUAUUGAAAGAUCGCUUCCCAAAUAAUACGCUUGCAGUCUCGAUGGCAUUGAAUAAUUUCCAAUUGGGAAGAUCUUGUCAAGAAUUUCUUCCAGUCUCAGAAUUCAAGAUUCCCGAUGGAGCGUACUUCACUUAUCAGAAGAUAUCUGAAAGACUCCAAGUCACAUACUAUAAUGAAAAUGGAAAUGAGUUCACAGCAGGAAUCUGUUUGUAUCCAGUGUCUCCUGGAACUAACACUCUCAAAGAGGACACUCGCGUUCUUUACGACGUCUUGGACUCGAUUGAACCGUUUCCACUGGGAGAUAGACAAAAACAACGGAAUUACAUUGAAGAUAAAAUCUACGGAAGAAGAUGUGGAUUGGCUGGAAGACGGGUCAUUGUCUACUGUGGAAGCCAAAAUGGAAUGAUGUAUCAUCUCAAAUUCGAUGACAACGACGGAAAUUAUGUCAAUGAGUACUGCAAGGAAUGCACUCAAGAAGCGAAGAAUUAUAAAUGGGAGGAACCAAAAGAAAAGUCUGUUGAAGUUCCGAGUGUAGCCGCAGCAUCACCCAACGAUUCAGAAGUCUCACUUGCAACGAAAUCUUCUGACCACAACGGGACAUCAAAAUUAAAAAAGACUGAACAAUUGACGGAAGUUCACAAGGACCUCACUGUUCAAAAAGAGAUCGAAGCCGACACAUCCUCAAAGAAAGCGGAAGACGUCAAGUAUUCAAAAGAUUAUCAAUUGGAAUCCGAUGCAUUCCCCACUGAACGUCUACCAUGCGACGAUGACAUCAAUGAGAUGAAGGACGAUACUCCAGAGAUCGACUCCGAGUUCGAUGCUGAAUUGGUCAAUUAA